AGAGAGAGAGAGAUUGAUCAAUGCGAUCCAUUACUGAUCCGUUGGAGGCAAAAUAAGAAACUCGAGAAACAUUCUUCAAUCUUCUCGGUUUUUUUUGAGUAAUUUAUAUGCGCAUAUUUUGAACAGAUACAGAGAUAGAAUAUUACAGAAAAUAUGAGAGAGAAGAUGGAAUGGAGACGAAGUUGAAGGAGAUUGAAGAAGAAGAUGGCGAGAGCAGAGUGGGGGUAUAAUGGGAGAGGCAAAUGGUGUUCGUACAAGCGAACCACUAUCAUCAUAUGUUCAAUUAACAUUGGUGUUACCCUCUAUGUUCUUCACUCUAUGUACACGUCGCUUUACAUCUACCCUUAUAACGAUUUACAGAACGCUUUUAAGUAUACCCCAUAUCAGAUUAAGAAAAUGGAAGAGUCAAUUAGGAUACGUAAAGCAUCGAAACCUGUGGAGCUUAUCAAAUUGGUGAAACAAAUCAAGGAGAAAUAUUUUGUAGUAGAGAAUAUGGUUGAGUUGCCGCAGGCCACGAAACGAAAGAUAACGGAUGAGAUACUUAGAAGGCUGAGAGGCUUGAAUGCCAGUGCCAGNAUCAAGGAGAAAUAUUUUGUAGUAGAGAAUAUGGUUGAGUUGCCGCAGGCCACGAAACGAAAGAUAACGGAUGAGAUACUUAGAAGGCUGAGAGGCUUGAAUGCCAGUGCAGCGGAGCUUCAAGGCGAGGGCAUUACUUUACCCCUGCCGGGAGAAUAA